AUGAGCGAUUAUCCACAGCUGGAAACAAUGGAAAUCAACAAUCUUCCUAUAUAUACAAUAGAAACAGAAGUUCCACUCAAUGAUCAACUUACAGCUAGCAGAAAUGUUUACAUACAAACUAAUUUAACUGCAAAUAGACUCGAUGAUGAAUCGGAAAAUUAUCGAGAAUACAUACAGACUAUAGAUAUUGGCAUACAAACAACAUCUAUAGAUAUUGUCUUGGAUGAUAAUGUAACGAACGAACGUCAACAGGCAACAAAUCAAAGAGGCAAUACUAGGGAGAAUGUAGCACAUCCGGUAGAUGGGACAAAUGAAAAUCGCAAUCGAGAAGUAACACGUGGUGGAAGACAAACAGGGAGAUCAGAAGCAAAUCCGAAUACUGACAGAAAUAGAUCUAACCAACGAAAUAGACAUAAUACAAAAAAAAUUAAUAAAGAAAAUCUUAAAAGUGAUGGAAAAGAUCCAAGUCCUAUUCUAGGAUAUGCAGAAGAACCUUUAUUACCACUUGCACAAGCAUGUGCUCCAUUAAAUGAUAUUUUUCAUAAUUUAACAUUCUAUGUUGACUUAGCAUUAAGAGAAACUCCUGAACAACCACCUGAUGGAUUAACAAUUAAUGAAAGUGCUGCAAUUCGUCUUUAUACAAUUGAAUGGGAUAAACCUCAUCGAAGUCUCUAUUCAACACUCAAUUAUAAUCUGAAAAAUAAUGAUCGUCCAGCACUUUUACCUUUUUUCAAGUAUCUCAAAUUGUUCUUAACUGCUCUUGUUAAAUUACCAUGUGUUCCACCAUUAACUGUUUGGCGUGGAGUAACUAUGAAUUUAAGUGCAGAAUUUCCACCUGGUAGUGCUAUGACAUGGUGGGCAUUUUCAUCAUGUACAACUGAAAUGACUGUACUUGAAAAUAAUAUGUAUUUGGGACAAGAAGGUGAUCGAACACUUUUUUCCGUUGAAGCAAUCAAUGGUCGAACGAUAAAAGCACAUUCACAUUUCGUUACUGAAGAUGAAAUUGCUCUUAUGUCAGGUACUCAUAUGAUAGUUCAAUCGCAACUUAGUCCAGCGCCUAAUUUAUAUAUUAUUCAUUUGAAACAAGUAGAACCAGAAAUGAUAACACUUGAACCACCAUUUGAAGGUGCACAUAUUUAUCCAAAAAUUCCACGUCCAUUUUAUCGAAAGAAACGAUUUAUAAUUCCAACGUGUUUAUUACUUACUCUUCUUAUUGCAGCUGUUGUUAUUGGUGUUAUUUUGGGAACAAAAUCAAAACCAACAAAAUAUGUAUGCGAUAAUCCAUUUGAACCAUUUGAUGCUGUUGAUACUGGAAACUUUCCAUCUUCUUCGGUGCUGGGCUAUUUCGAUAAUGAUACAUACAUCGAUGUCGCAAUUGCAAAUUCAAACGAUAAUACUGUGUCUUUACUACUAGGUGAUAAGGAGCAAAUUUUUCGAAGUACACGACCUGCUAUUGGUCAAUCACCAUCUAGUAUGAUAUCAGUCGACUUGAAUAACGAUAAGAAAAUCGAUUUGGUAGUAGCGAAUACAGAUGACGAUACAGUUAGUGUUCUAUUUGGUUUGGGAAAUGGACUUUUUCUGGAUGCAGUCCAUUAUGAUGUUGGUCAAGGUCCAAAUUAUUUAACAUCUGCUGAUUUUAAUAAUGAUGGUCAACCGGAUUUAGCAAUAGCGAAUCGAGAUGACAUGACCGUUAGCAUACUUUUU